UUCAUAAAUAAAAACCGGUCCCAAAUCCAAAUCAAAAUCCCAACCCUAACCCUAACCCCAACCAGCAAACACCCAAAAGACUCGCUCUCUUUGUCCUAAAGCCUUCCUCGCUUCUCUCAGCUCGCAAUCCAAGAAAGAGAGAGAGAGAGAAAAAGAGAGCUCUUCGUUCCGUUUCAAAUUCUUGAAUCCUCAAAACUUUUUAUCUCUUUGCCAAAAUUACCCUUCUCUUUCUUUUCAAUGCCAAAUCCAAGAUAACUCCACCGGGAAGGAACCCAGCCCCCGAAACAUGAUCGUUCGAACCUACGGUCGCCGCAACCGUGGUUUAACCAGGACAUUUUCCGACUCCCUAAACGACGACGUCUCUGAUUCGCCUCCCCUCUCCCAAGAAACGGUGCCGUCUGAGGAUAUCUACAGUUUCCCUUUUACCACUCAAGAAUCCUCUUCCUUCUGGCCGUCCUCUCAAGAAAUCGACGACGGCGAUUACAAGAACCACAUAACAUCCGUCAAAACAACCCAAAGUAAUUUUGAUUUUGACGAUUCGAGAAACGGCGUCGUGAGGAGAUCCAAGAAACAGAAGCAAACCCAGAGCAAGAAAGAGGUAGGAUAUUCUUCUAUGCCCUGGAUUCCGCCGAAUUCGACUCUGAUGGAGGCCCAAGAAUUCGGGGAAAUGAUGGAACACCUUGACGAGGUUAAUUUCGCGCUUGAUGGUUUAAAGAAAGGCCAGCCAGUGAGGAUCAGAAGAGCUAGUCUCUUGUCUCUGCUUUCAAUUUGCGGCACGGCCCAACAAAGAAGGCUUUUGAGAACUCAUGGGGUGGCAAAGCCAAUAAUUGAUGCUAUUUUAGGCCUCAACUUUGAUGACACCCCAAGCAAUCUGGCUGCUGUGGCCCUUUUCUAUAUCUUGACCAGUGAUGGUCAAGACGAGCAUCUCCUGGAAUCACCUAGUUGCAUUGGUUUCCUAAUUAAAUUAUUGAAGCCAGUCAUUUCCACUGCUAAAGAAAACAGAACAGAGAAAAUGGGCUAUAAGCUUUUGGCAUUACAAAAGGAUGCCGAUAUCUCACGGGAUACAACUAAAGUGUUGGAUUCAAGCUCUGCUGCCAUUAUUUCCAAAGUUGAGGAAAUUCUUAUUAGUUGCAAGGAAAUGAAGUCAAGAUGUGGGGAUGACAGUGGUUUAAGAAGGCCAGAGUUAAGCCCGAAAUGGAUAGCUUUGUUGACUUUGGAGAAAGCUUGUUUGUCAAAAAUUUCUCUUGAAGAUACAACGGGUACGGUAAGGAAAACUGCAGGCAACUUUAAAGAGAAACUAAGAGAGCUUGGAGGACUUGAUGUUGUCUAUGAAGUGGCCAUGGAGUGCCAUUCUGUUAUGGAGGGUUGGGUAGAGCAGAGUUUAUCUUCUCCUCCUAUGGAAGAUAAAAAGGAUGUGCAGAGCCUGGUGCUGCUUUCAAAAUGUCUGAAAAUCAUGGAAAAUGCUGCAUUCCUCAGUAGCGACAAUCAGAGUCAUCUGCUGGAAAUGAAGGGGCAAUUGAACUCUCAUGGAUCUCGGCUAUCUUUUACAAAGCUUGUCAUAGGUGUAAUCAAGUUUCUCUCAGUGUUAUUGCUUCCAGGGCUUUAUCUUAAGAGUUCAUCUGCAUUGUCCGGUACUGAAAGGGCUUGUAGCAAUUCUAAAGCAAUGGGUGAUGCUGAUAAAUUUGCUCUAACUGCAGAUUGUAAAGUGGAUAGACAUGAUGUUAUCUCCAUCAGUUCGUCCGAAAAAUCCUCUAGCAUGGGCCAGUCCUUCUCUGCAAAGAGCUUCAAUACAUCUCAGAAUGACUCAGGGCCCUCCACUCACUGUUUGGGUCGUUCUGUAUCCAGUUCUCAAACUGCAACUACAUCCACAAAUGAUAGUUGUUUACUAAAGAUGAGAAUCCAUUCUUCCUUGUCCAGCUCAUGUAGUGGGAAAUUCGGAAGUUCAUAUGGUGGGAUACCUCUAACAAGCAAUGAGAGACCUGAUGGUACAAAGGAUGGCAAAUGUCAACUUUUAGAGGAUAGUCAGGAUCCUUUUGCAUUUGAUGAAGAUGAUUUUGUACCUUCGAAGUGGGACUUACUAUCUGGGAAAAAAAAGAUAUCCCAAACUAAAAAACAUGAGAAAGUUGGGCUACGAAAUAGAGAAAUCCAUGAUGAGCCUCAAUACCAAUUUACAAUGACCCAACAAGUAUCAAGUAAUGGGGAAAUUGGGCCAGCAGAAUUUCUCAAUGAAGAAUAUCAUCAUUCUAAUGCAACUUCUGGUUCUCAAAGUGCUGACGAAGAAUAUUGCAGCCUUCUGUCAGACUGCCUUCUUGCUGCUGUCAAGGUUUUGAUGAAUUUAACAAAUGACAACCCCCUUGGCUGUCAGCAAAUUGCUGCCUCUGGGGCCCUAGAGACCUUGUCUAUGUUGAUUGCCAGCCAUUUCCCUUCAUUCUGCUCAUAUUUGCCUUGUGCCAGUGAAAUGGAACAGACUUCUCUCAGUUUAGAACUUGAUAACCAGAAUGGCGGACCGCUUUCUGAUCCAGAGUUGGAUUUCCUUGUAGCAAUACUGGGUCUGCUUGUAAACCUAGUAGAGAAGGAUGAACACAACAGAUCACGGCUUGCGGCAGCUUCUGUUUCUUUACCAAAUUCUGAAGGGUUAAGAGAGGAGAGUCACAUGGCUGUAAUUCCACUGCUAUGUGCCAUCUUUCUUGCGAACCUCAGAGAAGAUGAUACAGCUGGAGAAGUUAUGCCUUGGAAUGAUGAGGAUGCUGUGCUACAAGAAGAGAAAGAAGCGGAGAAGAUGAUUUUAGAAGCCUACGCAGCUUUGCUACUUGCAUUUCUUUCUACUGAAAGUAAGAGCACACGAAAUGCAAUUGCUGAUUGUCUCCCAAACCACAGUCUGUCAAUUCUGGUGCCUGUUUUAGAGAGAUUUGUGGCAUUUCAUUUUACAUUAAACAUGAUUUCUCCAGAGACUCAUAAAGCUGUGAGUGAAGUGAUUGAGUCAUGUAGGAUACCAUGAGAAAACAUUUUGUACAGCCUUGUCUUCCAUUUUAGAUUAGCAGUUUGUUUUCACGCAAGGACGGUGCCCACGAGUAUGGGAGUGGGCAGCACACUGUAUCAAACUGACCGCAGACCUCUGUUAUAGUAUCUUUUGUUUGUUUUUAUCCCCACAAUUUUCCCUUUCUUGUUUUUCUUUUUUUGACAAUAUUAUUCUUUGUAGCACUAUUCUAUCGUCUUGAUGCAGGCCAUGACUCGUGUAUAUGAAAACAAAAGUAUAAUCAAGAAGUUUUCUAUUGCCUUGUGUAUGCAAUAUU